AUGCUUUCAGAUGUUUUGUUCGGCCUUUUGGCGUUUGGAAGGCUCGGAGCAUCGCAGUUCAGUCUGUAUCCUGCAUUCAUUGAUCCAAUCAAGUUAAGCAAGGCAUACGGUGUCACGACUGAAUGCAUUCAAGGCUUAAACCAAACGCUCCCAGAAUGCGAUCCAGACCUUUUCGGUAUGGUCGUAGACUAUGACAUGUUCUGGUGGGAGCAAGACAAUGUCACUGACCUCUGCCUCGGCAACUGCUCUGUAGCUGCAGCACUCUGGUAUAACAAUGUUAUGAGCGCAUGCGAUGGGCAAUGGUUGAAUUCUUAUGGGAAAUGGAUUCCCGCUGAUUCGGUUGCUGGCCGAUAUGUGGACGGCAUCAACACAGCUUGUCUAUCUUCAUCACUGGGUGAGAAUACUACAUGGUGCUUGGUAGAGUCGCAGGACUGGAUUGGAGCAGAUGUGUAUCAAGUGGACUGCGACACAAACCCAUCUGAUCCGUCGUGCACUGGUGACGGAACCGGCAUCGAUCCUGUCAACGAACGAAUGGCCAAUUUAUAUUCCGAUGAUGUGUUAUGCGACGAUUGCUUUGUGCAAAUGCUUUAUACUAAAGUCACCUCGGAGUUCUUUGCUGACACUGAUCACGCCGACUAUCUCGUAGGUCAGUUGCAGGACAUCGCGGAUGUUUGUAAUACUUCAAUCCCUGCUAUCACGACUCGUGCAUCUACCUCAUGGGACUUAGCACCUGCUCCAACGCCAACUAGCACGACAACGACAACCCCUCCAGCUGCCACGAGCUGUGCUGCAGGACAAGGCCAGACAUUGAGCUCUGGUACAGGGUGUGACACCUUGUCCCAGAAGUACGGCAUCACAACCGGAGAUUUAGAGGCAAUCUCAGGCAGCGAUACCUGCAGUAUCUCAACAACAUCCUGUUUUCCUUUAGGGUGCUCGCUACAGCGAAUCGCAUCUGGCGCUACUUGUGACACAAUGGCAAGUAGCCUCAAUGUCACCACGGUGCAAUUCCAAGGCUGGAAUCCUAACAUCAUAGGGCUCUGCGAUGCGCUACAAGCCGGGCAGUACGUGUGCACAUCUCCUCCGGGUGUGACAGGGACGUAUACACUAGCUCCACCACCAUUGGGAACAGACGCCGAUGCAGGGAACCAGCAACGUGGAGGCUCUGGUGGAGUUGUGACUCCAACAACAACCAUCUCACCAGGGCCGACAACGCCGGUAGCAGCACCGGGUCCAACACUGUCAGGUGUCUCGAAGAUAUGCAAUGCCUGGCAGACACCAGCCGAAGGGCUCGGCUGCGUCGACUUUGCCGUCUUGAACAGCCUCUCAUCAGAAAAGCUGUAUGAAUGGAAUCCAAUCCUCGGACCUAAUGGCCAGAAUUGCACUACCAUGUUCCAAUUCAAAGUCUACUACUGUGUUGGUGUCGUAAUCGGGGGCUCAUCAGGGAGCGGUCCGACAACAACACUGCAGUCUAGCCCGACCAUUUCCCGCCCUACCACCGCUCCUGGGCCGACUCAAAGUGGCAUAGUCUCUUCAUGCAACAAAUAUGCCUUACCCGUCAGCGGGCAGGGCUGCUAUGACUUCGCGACCGCAAAUAGCAUUACCCCCGCACAGCUGUACUCAUGGAACGCCGUCCUCGGGUCCAAUGGCGAGAACUGCGGGAACCAAUUCCAGGCGGGCGAAUACUACUGUGUCGGUGUCGGGAGUCAACAGUCUUCUACCAGCACUACUAAACAGGUUGUCUCUGCGCCUGGACCCACGCAAAGCGGCAUCGUCGCAUCAUGUACUGGGUAUGCUAAGCCACCGGCUGGCACUGGGUGCUAUGAUUUUGCGACACAGAAUGGAAUUACGCCGGCGCAGUUGUAUCAAUGGAAUACGGUGCUUGGGCCGAACGGUGAGAAUUGUGGGACAAAGUUUUUCGGAGAGGAUUACUAUUGUGUUAAGGUUUCGACGUAG